AUGGCGUCUGCUUCUUGUCAGGAGGAAGACUCCUUCACUUGUCCAGUCUGCCUAGAGCUGUUGAGGGAUCCAGUGACUAUUCCAUGUGGACAUAAUUUCUGUAUGAGGUGCAUUAAGGGCUGCUGGGAUCAGGAGGAUAGUAAAAGAAAAUAUAAUUGUCCCCUGUGCAAAGACACCUUCGACUCCAGGCCUGUCCUCCGCAAAAACCCUCUGAUUGCUGAAAUGGUGGAGAAGUUCAGGAGGACCAGCAUCCAAGCUGCCGCUCCUGCUCACUCUUACUAUGCUGGAUCUAGAGAUGUGGCGUGCAACGUCUGCACUAGGAAAGCUGUGAAGUCAUGUCUGGAGUGUCUGAAGUCGUACUGUGACACUCAUUUAAAAGCCCACAAUGAACUUAUAGAUAGGAAUCACAAAAUGGUCGACGCCACGGGCCAGCUACAGGAGAGGAUCUGUACUCGUCAUAAGAAGGUUCUGGAAAUAUUCUGUCGCACCGACCAGAGUUGCAUCUGCUAUCUGUGUACGAUGGACAAUCAUAAAGGCCAUGACACGAUCGCAGCUACAGCAGAGUGGAGUCAGAAAAGGGAUGGUUUGGGUAACAGCCAGAGGAGAUGCCAGCAGAUAAUCCAGUUGAAGGAGAAGGAGCUGCAGGAGCUGAGGAAGGCUGUGAAGACUCUCAAGUCUGGUGCACAGACAGCAGUGGAGGAGAGUGAGAGGAUGUUUACAGAGAUGAUCAGCUCCAUUGAGAGAAGGCGCUCUGAGGUGACAGAGCUGAUCAGAGCUCAGGAGAAGGCUGAGGUGAGUCGAGCUGAAGGACUCCUGAAGCGACUGGAGCAGGAGAUUGCUGAGCUGAAGAGAACAGAUGCUGAGAUGAAGCAGCUUUCACUGACACAGGAUCCCAUCCAUUUCCUCAAGAACAUUGUGUCCAUCACUGGGAGGCCUUACAGCACAACUUCAUCCAGCGUGACUUUCAGCCAAAGCUUCUCCUUGGAGCCACUGAAGAAAUCUCUGUCUGCACUGAAGACGCAACUGGAGAAGAAAUUAGAUCCAGUCUUCAAGCAGGAAAUAGUCAAGAUAUCUGCAGCAGUGACUAAUAUUCAGACCAUCGAGAGUAUACAGUAUACUGAUCCUGAACUCCCAGUCAGAAGAGCAGACAGUAAGGAUUUCCUGCCACCAAACAGUAAGUCAUUACUGAGGACCUCUAACAUUGAGAUGUCACCAGGUUGCAAGAGACCUGUGCCUGGGUGUAAGAUGUGUGUUUUAGUUGGGAUUCCGCUAGAUCUAAACACAGCAUGCACACACCUCCAUCUGUCGGAGGGGAACAUGAGGGUGGAGUGGAGAGAUGAGGACCUGCCAUAUCCUGAUCAUCCAGACAGAUUUGAUAAGUAUUGUCAGGUGCUGUGUAGAGAGGGUGUGUCUGCACGCUGCUACUGGGAGGUUGAGAGGAGUGGAGAGUAUGCUGAGAUAGCAGUGUCAUAUAAAAGCAUCAGCAGGAAAGGACGGGGUUAUGAGUGUUGUUUUGGACGUAAUGAUCAGUCUUGGAGGCUGGACCUCUACAGCUCCAGCUCCUCUUUCUGGCACAAUAAGGAAGAGACUAAACUCCCUCUAGUGGCCAGCUCCAGAAUAGGAGUGUAUGUGGAUCACAGGGCAGGAACUCUGGCCUUCUACAGCAUCUCUGGAGACACAAUGACCCUCCUGCACAGAGUCCACACCACAUUCACACACACACUCUACCCUGGGUUUGUGUUAGAUCCUGAAUCAUCAGUGAAGUUAUUGUGA